AUGGGAAUUCUUGGAAAUGGCGUCUGUUGGAAGAAACAAGCCAUGGAAAAUCGACAGAACGAAAAGAUUGUCCAAUGUUUUGAAUUAUUGUAUGGAAUGGGACGAGAUCAAUUAUGGAGUGGUUUUUCGAGAUAUGGAUGCAUGCAGCCAACACGUGGAAUUCCAGUUCCAUAUUACAAUGAACAUUCCUUUCCAAAAUCAAUUCUUGAAACAGUACCAUCCUCUAUUCUAUCAAUGGUUGGUUCAUUGAAGACGAUUGAUCGAGAGGAUUUACAAACUCGUUCUGAAUGGCUGCAUUGGGAUUUAAAUCCAUUUGCAAGCGCUGGUCUUGAUGAUUAUCCAAUGGAAUUCGAAAAUGAAAUUGACAUGAAAGAAACACUAUUGAGAAAUCCUGACUAUUAUUUCAUUUUGGAAAAUAAUGCCAACACAACUGUUCCAAGAAUGCAAGGCAUUCUAUCUUUUACCGAUUGCAGAGAACAAGAUGGUGGUUUUGUAUGCGUUCCAGGAUUUCACAACCACAUUAAGGAAUAUGCAGAGAAAAUGAGACAUCAAUUAGAAGUUCCUACCCACUGUACCUUUUUCCAAGUUCCAAAAGGAGAUUCUUUGUUUGAGCAAUGUCAGCAAGUACCUGUGAAAGCAGGUUCAUUGAUUAUUUUCAAUAGUUUACUUCCUCAUGCCAACAUGCCAAAUCGCUCAGAACGUUUUCGAUUGAAUCAAUAUAUCAAAAUGGUACCAAAGAAAGGAAGCCUUGAUUUCAAGUUAGCAAGAGCAUUGAUCAUUGACACCAUGAAGGACAAAUCAUUUGUGCCUUCAGAAACUGGUAACACAAUCUUUGGAUUGGAUUUAUUGUAUGGCAUGAAUGAUUAG